AUUUAUGAUAAAAAUAAUACUUGGAUUUGUCUCAUUAUUUAGUGUGAUAGCUUAAGAUGUCAUUAUAUGUAGUGGUUUUAUUAGAAUUCCAAAGGCAGAUAGGUAAGAUAUUAAUGUUAAUCAAAUUGAAAUGAAACUUUUAGGAACAAAUAAUUAAUUUAUUGAUUAUAUUGAAAUAUCAGAAAAUGGAUUCUAUUCUAUAGAAAUCGAAGAUGAUGCUUCUUCAUUAAUUGAUUACACUAUUUUUAUUUAACCAAAAGUAAAAGGAUUUAUAACAAGUCCAAGUUAAAUUAAUUUAAAAUUCCAAUCCAAAACAUUUGAUGAGGCUAGCACUUUUUGUAAUAAAUAGUUGAAUUUUUCUAUUAAGAGAGCACCACUUGAAGAGCCAAAAGUAUAACAAUAAUAAUCAUAACAAUAAUAACAAUAAUAAUAACAAUAAUAACAAUAAUAACAAUAAUAAUAAUAAUAAGAGAGAACUUCUACUUAAAAUGAUAAAGUUGAGAAAGCAUAAUAAUAAACAGAAGUAGAUUCGAAUUUUGAAAAUACAGUUGAUUAAACAAAUUAAUAAUAAUAUGAUUAAACUUUUUUUGAAUAAGUAACAGAAACAGAAUAAGAAAAAUAAUAAGUCUAAGUAGAUGAAAUACAAGAAGAAUUAUUAAAUUUAGAUAUUGAUGAAAAGUCAUUUGAUCAUUUUAGAUUGAUAGGAUAAGUGGUUUUUGAAGGAGAUUUUACAUAAACAGAAAAAAAUUUGUAUUAUAUUAAAUCUUUUAAAGUAUUUGAUAAUCAAGAUGGUAUUAUAUUUAAAUAUUUACAAGAGUAAGUUUAAGGAAGAACAUUGAGUUUUCAUAAUUACUUCGAAGUUGAAAUAAAUGAAGCUAAAACUCUUAAAUUAUUUUUAGUUGUUGAAAAAACUAAAGAAAAAGGAGAAAAUACUAAUAAAUAACUAAAUUUCGAAUAAAAAAUAUCAAAAAUAUAAUUACUUAAUAGAUAGAUAACUGCUUAACCAGUAAUAUAUUUUAAUCAUUUAGAUCAUAUUUCAUAUAAAGAAGGAAACAUCUACAAAAGAAUAGAAUAAAGUAGGCUAAGUAAUUGCUCCAUUAGUAAUUUUUGGGUUAGUUUUGGCUAUGUUUAAUUAUGAUAAAAUAUUAAAAAAAAAGUGAUUCU